AUGGCGCCCGCAGCCCGUGUCUCCCUCAACAAGUUCCUUAUAACAGCUCGCAAGGCGCUUCUCGCACCGUCAGCGCAGCGUCCAAACCCUUUGGUAUUUGUCAUAGGAAACGAAUCAGCAGACCUCGACUCCCUCUGCUCCUCAAUCCUCCUCGCCUACUUCUGCACCUACCGCACCACACCUCCGACCCUACACAUCCCGCUCUCCAACCUCCCGCAAGCCGACCUCGCCCUGCGACCCGAGCUUACCGCCGUGUUGAAGCCCGCUGGUCUACACACCAAUGACCUUAUCACCCUCGAUGGGCUACCCAGGGACGACAAUGUCACCCCCGAAAACACUCAAUGGCUACUAGUAGACCACAACAGCCUCACCGGCCCGCUCGCCGCGCGCGGGUUUGGGGGUCCAGAAAGGAUAAUAGGGUGCAUAGACCACCAUGAUGACGAGGGCGUUGUUCCCCCGACUGUAAAUCCGAGGAUAAUUGAGAAGAGCGGGAGUUGCAUGAGUCUGGUGGUGGAAUAUUGCAAGCCUGUUUGGGAGGAGCUAAGCCGACUUGAAAGUGAAGAGGGGACUACGAACAGCCGGGAAGAGUGGGAGUCGCAUUUGGCGCAUUUGGCGCUGGCGCCGAUACUGAUUGACACGACGAAUUUGACGAGCAAGGACAAGACGACGGGGUGGGAUACGGGGGCUGUGGAGUUUUUGGAAGGUCGUUUGACACAAUCGCAAAAGACAAGUGCCACCGGUGGAGGGCAAGGGUAUGACAGGACAGCCUACUUCAACCACAUCACCUCUCUCAAGGAAGAGAUUGCCGGGCUAAGCUACCGCGACAUUUUGCGCAAGGACUACAAGCGGUGGGAAGACGGCGGACUAGCGGUGGGCAUCUCCACAGUAGUCAGGGGACUCGAGUACCUCUUGACGGAAAUCGGAGACCAAAAAGAGUUCACCGAGGCGUUGCGGGCCUGGGCGAAAGAGCAGGAGCUGGACAUUGCGGCGGUCAUGACGGUGUCAAAUCCGGAUGGGAAGUUCACCAGAGAGCUGCUCAUCUGGGCUUUCAACGAGCGGGCGGCCAAAGUUGUAAAGCGGUUUGUGGAGAAGCAUGGGGAAGAGGGGUUGCAGCUUCAGACGUGGGGCGGUGGGAAGUUGGAUUCGGAUGAUGCAAAAGGCGAGUGGGUCAGGUGUUGGACGCAGGGACGGGUGGACAAGAGUAGGAAGCAGGUGGCGCCUAUGUUGAGGGAUGCGAUGAAGGAGGCGGCUAGGCUUUGA